AUGGCGGUAAGCGUGGCAUAUGCUGCGCCUUUCACCGCACGAGGCAACAGCAAGGGCGUUUCCUUCCCUCUUGCCAAUGGCUUCCCCAACCCUUCCCAGAGCGCCAUCAACCAGAUUCAAAAAGACGCCCAAGGCACGCUGCCCAAUGGCGCGCCACCGCCGUCAAUGACCCCGGAGGGCCUCACAAACCUCAAGCUGAUUGCCCUGAAUGAGCUGUUCGAGGUUGCCUUCUUCACCGAGCUCGCGGCCAACAUCUCCAGCAGGGCACCGGGCUACGACCUCGGCGAGAAGCAGGGCUAUGUGCUCGACGCCAUCAAGGCCAUUGUCGCCCAGGAAGAAUUGCACCUGCUCAACGCAAACGGGGCGCUCAAGCACUUCAACCAAGCCGAGAUCCAGCCGUGCCGAUACAGCUUCCCUGUCACCGAUUUCGAGAGCGCCAUCGGCCUCGCCCAGACCUUCACCGAUCUGGUCCUGGGCACGCUGCAAGACGUCUCUGACAUCUUUGCCCGCUCGCAAGACUACGGCCUCGUGCGCGCCGUGGCGUCCGUCAUCGGCAACGAAGCUCAACAGGACGGCUUCUUCCGAUCCCAGCAGAAGAAGAUUCCCUCGGCCCAGCCCUUCUUGACGGGUUCCGCCCGCGACUUUGCCUUUACCGCCAUCCAGAGCUUCGUCGUUCCCGGAAGCUGCCCCAACAUCCACACCAUUCCGCUCAAGACGUUCAAGGGCCUUACCAUCAAGACCAAGAAGGUUCAGCCCAAGACACAGCACUUGAAGUUUGCCUUUUCAAAGAAGGAUGCCGGCAUGUUCCAGAUUGAACAUCUCAGGGUUGUCUAUCUCAACGGCCAGAGCGUGCCUGUGGUCAAGCCCUUGAUGGAUGUCCAGACCAAGGGCGAUUCCGUGACUUUUUCGGCCGAGUUCCCUUACGAUGAGUUUGUGAUGGAUGGUCUUACAAUUGCUGCCGUUACAUCGGGCGCGGAUAGUUUUGAUGGCCCCGACGCUGUUGCGCAGAAGACCUUGUUUGGACCGGGGCUGAUUGAGCUCAACUAA